AGACAUCAAGAGAUGUAGAUACAGGUGCAAACUUAAAUUUUGAGAGUGGAGUAGGUGAAGUUGUCAUGACUCCGCUAAUGUAAAACAACAAGAACUACUCAGCAGGAGAAGGAGGUGGAGGUAGUACUACAACAGCUACCUCUGCUCGCAGACGAUGGUAGUAGACAACCAGAAGGACAACAAGCAUGGAGGAGUUUUAAAAACGCACGGAUGAAUCAGUAGCAGAGAGUAGAACAAAUAGUAUGGAGCCAGGUCCUUGUCCUCUAGACUUCUGCGUUUUUGCUUCUGCAUGUUGAGUCAUGUCGUCUAGUGAUCCGCUCUCUGUGGUUGAAGAGGUGUACGAGUACGACUCUACAUAGGGCAGAAUUGGGUGAAGACCGUUCCCACGACGUCAAGAAGAUGAGACUCUUUUUCUUAUGGCGGGUUUGCUUGGUUUAUGCGUAUGUGAAACAAGGAAAAAAUGAAUAUGAAAUAUGUGUUUUCGAGUCAGUGAGAAUGUUGAGUCUACUCUUUGUUGUGGAAACGAACUCUCAAGGGCAGAUGACUUAACCCGCAAGCGCAUUAACCCUGAACUAUGGGAUUUUGAUUUUCUAUACCAAAGAAAUGACAAUCGCUGCUCUCCUUUUCUUGUCUAAUUUUCGUCUUUUUUUUGUUGACCUCCUUCGGCUUCACGGCAGACGCUGUACUGCAAAAAACGUUGAGUCAAGCUCAAGUUUCGACCCAAAAGUUGUUUGAUCCGGUCAGGGAUCGCGCCCAUCGAGAAUUGGCUAUCACGAAGACGCAUGAAGUCGUGUCUAUAGUCGACCUUCCACAAGAUGUAUCAGGACAACAAGAAGAGGCGAAGAAAGCUUCUGUGGGACAACAACAAGAAGCAGCAGUUUCUGUGGGACGGGAAGUGAAAAAUUAUGCAUUUACAUAUGUCAGAGUCAGAGUCAGUAUUGCUAUGUCAGCUCGUGGUCUCGUGGAGACAAGACGAGUAGAGGGGUCGCAUGCUGAGUUGCACUAAAGCGCAGAAAGAAAUGAAAGCAGUGCCAGUGCAAGCGUUUUCAUCUUCUCUCUAUCUUCUUUCUAAAAGACGAUCUCAGGGCCUGGCGCAUUUGCCACUGCUAUUAUGCGCAAUGCUCAGGCGCGACAACGGGAAAGGCAAGCAAAGGACGGUAACAAGGAUCUUCAAAAAUUAAGGCUUACCUGUAAUUGACCUCGCAACUAUGGAUUACAUUACCGCCCUAAAAAUCCAUCUGCGGAAGCAUGCAUCUUGGAGCUACUUAUUCCAUAAGGCAGGGGGAAGCAGCCUCAUGAUGUAUGAGUCUUGCGUUGGAUUAUGGUGAGCUCUAAAAAGAGAACUGAAGAAUCAAAAUCCCGAAGAAAACGGAGAUCCGCCUCAUCGAGUCAGUGCAGUCUCCUCAAAAGAACAAAGGCCUCCGAUCCUGGAUCGCUUGCAUAGGGAUGGACCGGUACUAUGGGAUAUUUUCCACACUGACUGAUGAAAAAAUAUUGUUGUACAACCACUAGAAAACAUUUUGAACACUGAAGACGAAGGCCAAAGAGUAUUUGUUUAGACCGGUUGAAUGCUCUCACAUCAUGUGGAAGUGUGAAGUUCUGGUCUAGUCAACAUUCUUCAAAUCAUGUUGCACAUCGUUUGUAAUUAUCGGGUAGUUACUAGUACUACUUGUUUUGAUCGAUAGCUACCUUAACCUCCUUUCUUUAUAACAAAAGUCUAUCUUCUGAAAAUCUAUGAACAAAAAAACCUGACAUUUUCGAAUCUCAGUCCGUCCACGACCCGGUGGAGCCGCUUGCUGAGCAGAGUUUACCCGAGCAAUGGCUCAAUACCUACUGGAACAGUGAGCAGAAAGAUAUGAAGAUAGAUGGGCUAUGUAUAGGAUGGUAAAGAUGAAACAAAUAGUGGUGGUAAAGAUGGCAGCACUUAUAGGGUUGAAAGUACUUUCCUUCCACUUUUUCCUCUUCUUUUCAUUCUCUCUCGUGAUAUGGAGGACAUUGAGGAUGAGCUGCGCACAGCAAAAGCUGCACGCAAGAAGUGGCGGGACCUAGAAGCAAGAGGUCACCGAGUCCAGAGUGCUCGAGAUCAACUGGCAUUAUGAGGAAUUUUGGUUUUUUGGUUACUCCUAUCCUUGCUAAGUUUCAGUUUGAAGUUACCUUGUAGUUGUACAUCUCAGAACAACUACGUCAUCUAUCCCUUAUGUACACCAGACGAAGAAAGUUCUACUUUUCACAUCAAUAAUUAUGUGCGUUUCGAAGUAUCCUACAUGUACAUACGUCUACAACAUCUGAAACCGUUUAUUGCUCUUGCUCUACGUAGUUGUAAUUGAUGUUCGAAGGAACAAGCUGUUUCCACUCAUCACAAAGAAAAAUACCAGAAAGGAACAUCAGACUCAUCCUGUCUUCUUCCAUACAGACUUAUCCCCUUUCUUCGUCGACACAGGCUUAUCCCCCUUCCUCUUCGACACAGACUUAUCCCCUUCCCGCUUCUACCUUGCUAGCUGAUCCCCGCUGAUAGUUGGCUUCUAGACUGAUCCCGGCUUCUGCCUUGCUAGCUGAUUCCCGCUGAUAGUUGGCUUCUAGACUGAUCCCUGCUUCUUCCUUGCUAGCUGAUUCCCGCUGAUAGGUGGCUUCUAGACUGAUCCCCGCUUCUACCUUGCUAGCUCUAACCUUUGAAGCCGAAAGCAGCGAAUUGGCCAAUUUUCUCUCGAAUAUGCGUUUAGAGAUGAUAGAGUUGGAGGCUCCACAGUUCGACGCCCUCAUGGAUAUGAGGAUCAACGUGCUGGAAUCAGAGCGUUUAGCUGCCAAGGAGAAGGUAGCAGCUACGCAGACUCGAUGGUUGCUGGUUUUAUGCUGUGGAUGUCUACAUUUAAAAUAAUUUAUAGGGGUGUCAGAUCCAGGAUAUUUUAAAGUAAGGUAUAAGUAUGUGCACGUGGAAACUGGUGAUCAGACACUGGUGAAGAUCAUGUUCAUGAUGGUGCUUGUUCUUAUUGUUUUGUGUUUAUUCGUGUGUCUUCGUUAUUUAUAGUCUUUACCUCGAGCAUUGCUUUUUGGUUUUUCCUAGUUAGGAUGGCUCCAUCGAUUUUAUUCGUGUGUCUUCGUUAUCCUUUUUUCCUAGGUAGUUGUCGCAACUUUAUUCGUGUGAGUGUCUUCUAAAAGAUAAAAAAGUGAUUGUGCUGGUUAUCAUUGUGUAAGUAUGGUCACAACUACCUGUAUGAGAUGAUAUCCGAGGUACUUACUAGGCCCAAGGGUAUUGUGUUUACAACUUGUAUCAUAUGAUCAUUUUGCGAAGCCUACUGGCUCUCGCUACAACUACAACCUAGAAGUCUAUCACUAUAACAUCUCCUUCUUUAUUCCAGCAAUGUGAACCACUUACAACACCCGGAGCCUUCCUCGUCAUAUACGACCUUAUUGAACCUUCCUCGUCAUAGUAAAGAACGCUCUAACAGCGUUAGCCUAUCUUCUUCACUUGGAGGAUCUAGCUCUUGGGCACUUCAAUGGCCCCGAACGCUCGCUUCUUCGUUUUGAGUGAGCCAAAUCUUAUCUUAUCUUAUCUUAUCUUAGCUUAUCUUAUCUUAUCUUAUCUUAUCUUAUCUUAUCUUAUCUUAUCUUAUCUUAUCUUAUCUUAUCUUAUCUUAUCUUAUCUCUUAUCUUCUUCUUUCCUACUUUGACGACAAGAUUCAGAAUGCUCCGAAAAAUCGCUCUAACGGACCUAGUCUUCGGACUUUUCCUAGUGCAUAUAUCGGUGGUGUGUUGCGAGAUUUUCUUUCGUCGCAGAGCCACUGUGGAAGAGGAACAGGUGAUGGUGUUCGAUGUCACGUCCUUGUGGACCAUGUUUGUCUCCUACGGCAGAGAAACGCUCCGAUUGCGCGCCUCAGAGGUGGAGUAUAGUUAUGAUGAUACAUACAUCUUCUGGGUUACAACCAUUUAUUUUUACUAUGUAUGAUUUGAUCUGUAGGUGUUUGGCUCGUCUGCCUAGUCUUUUUUUUAGGAAACUACGCAUUUGAACCCCAAACAGGUCUAAAUGAAUGAAUGACUGAUGAUCUGUGGGGCGUCUUUGUGCAAAUCCUAGUUUUGUUUUUCUUAGGAAACGCAUUUGAAUCGAUCAUGUUCAAACAACAACGGACGUAUGUGUCGCAAACACUCCAUAUCGACUAGAGGACCUCACUCCUCUAACACCGACACUCGACUUUUUUCAAGACCACGGUUCACCGUGUGAGCUAUGUCAAUCUCGGAGAAGUCCGAGAAUUGCGGGAAUUCCGAUUAUUAAGGCUGUAGUAGCUAAUUCAUCUUUGACUUUGACUGCGUGACCUCUGAAAAGUAGUAUGGGGAAGUAUCGGAGGGAAAGACCCUGCGUGCGUGAUCUUUGAAAAAGUAGUAUGGGGAAGGAAGAAUCACAGGGAAAUGCUUGUGCUCAGUACGGAGAGCGCUAAGAUUAAUCUGCGGCAUUGCAGUCAUGGGCUUCAAGCUCUACCCAGGGUUCGGGUUCGAUUCCUCUCUAUCGGAAACAGUGGUCGAAAAAUUGAAAAUCAAGUUAUGCUCUGUGCUGGUUGAACCCUAGACCCUUGCAGUGUGGACUAGACUAGACUGAACGCCUAUCGCUAGACUAGACUAGACUCGCGCUCCUUAGUGUAGACUAGACUGAACGCCUAUCAAUCUUUUCUUCUGCAAUAGUGUAGACUAGUCCGUAUACAAGACCAGACUAGACCCUAGGCCCUAGUAAAGUCUUACUACAGGUUUUAGAUAGCUGGUAGACAGCUGACAGUGAAGAGUCUUAAUACUUUCAGGUGAAAGAGGCGCAAGUGAAUGACUACUUUCGGCUUGCUCGUCAUGCGGAGUAUGAGUAGAAAGAUCAUCAGUGUGAUAGUGAUUCUCAGUCAUUUUCUGCAUCUCUUGUACUGAUCAACUUAGCCUUGUCGUUCCAGUACAACUCCUAAUAAUUCCUUAACAACACACGCAAAAGUUUCUUAGCAACGCAUUUUCUUUUGACUUUGUACACCACUUCUAAUGCCCUGCGGCUGCACAGGCGGUGAGGGGACGAGUGCUCUAGAGAAGGCGGAUCAGAGUCUGGAGAAUCAGCGAGUGCUUAUCAUUCGGAUGGCAGGUCUGGAGGGCAAACUAGAGAAGAUACUGGAGAAAAUGGCUUGUAAAUAAGCCAUCUAGAUGAAGGCCAACUAGAGAAGAUAUUGGAGAAAAUGGCCUGUACAUAGCAUAGUUUGAUUUUCAUGCUACUGGGCGGGGAGGGCUUGAAGUGGAGGUUCAUAUUACAUCAUCAGGGGAGGUCAUGUCUAUCGUGAUUCAAGAAGUGAAGAUGAAGCUGUUGUAGAGGUUUGCAUAGAAGAUGAAGAGGGGCACUAGACUACAGUUUAUUCUUUUCCAAUGAAGAACUGGUGUGUGUACUAGACUACAGUUUAUUCUUUUCCAAAUUCCAAUCGACGAUGGACGAUAUUAGAAAAUCAUGCGAAGUAAGAGUUCAAAUUAUUUUUUCCCACAGACAAUAGCAAUACGAGUUCGAGUAUUGGAGAAGAAGUAGAAGAAUAACAGAGGUUGUGGACCUGGUUUACCAGCUGGUUCUUUGAGUGGGCUCUUGGUUCUAUGAAGAAUGAACAACAUGAACAACAGUUUGUGAGGAACGUUGGAAAUAUGAAAACCACAUGACCUAUCGUGGAAGGAGUUCGCGUACUGAAAGAAAGCUGCAUCAUUAGGACAGUUUGAGGACUCUACAAUCUCGCCGUAAUCGUAGGCUGACACUGGAGACGGUCGCAGAUAACUUGAGCAUGGGCAAAUCGUCGUCCGUCGAAGAGACUAUGAGAAAAAGAGUUAGAGAGAGAAAGAGAGCCAGAGAGAGAGAGAGGAGAAUGAUGAGAACACCGAAAAAGUGCUUAUGGCUGUGCGUCGUUUGUUGGCGUUCGAGCCAUAUGCAAAACUGCAAAUCACGAACAAUCAAAAAUGGACUCCACAUGACUCGACAUGAACUCAUGCCUUUCCCUAUUUUUUUUGCUGUAGCUUCUUGUGUAUAGAACAGUAGAAACAGUUGCUACACGACUCCAUGAACAACCUGAAAUAGAGAAAGUUAAUGAACAUCCACGAUCAAAAAAAGCAAAUGUCGUCAGAGUAAAGGGAAACAAGAAAUAGUCCCGCUCUCCCCGAUCAGUUUCAGCAGACUCUAUUAAGGGUUACCACAUAAUUGCAUUCUUCACUACUAUCCUUGACUGGUUUUCCAGUAGGAAAGCGAAAGGGGUCAGGGAUGCGCUGAAGAAUGCAAUGUCGUAGCCACUAACUGCCGAAGAAAGUUGAGCUGGAAGCUCGACUCAAACGAAUACCUUUGACAGGUAAUCUUUUGUUUUUCUUCGUCGUAUCUUUUGAAAUACAUUUUUAUGCUGUUUUUAGAAGCUGGAAGGUUCCCUCGCAAUAUCGUUAUGUCUCAACUACAGGUGGGGAUUACGAUUCAACGACUUCCGUUGUGCUGCCUACUAAUAUUUGCGGACGAGAAAUAGACGCUUUCACACUUUCACAGGUGCUAGAUCUUGCGACCCACGACAAAGCAGACGGCAUUGUUUCGAGUUCUUUCAUGAUCAUCCCUGACAUGAUACGCUUGUAGGGGAAGCAUUCGUCACUAUUUUCAAAGCCUCUUGUGCAGAAGUUUGCACUCGAAAACUCGAGAUUUUGGAAAAAGCGAUAUUUCUGGUGAAAGCUUCGCACGACCAAGAAGGUGACUCUUGGUUUUGUUGAAUGGUAUUUACUUGGUUUUUUUGGUACUUAGAAGUAGUCGGUUAUUCGUAGUCGCAUGUUGGUUACAAGGAGAAUUACUCGGGAUGUCAAUCAAUUAAUCGUAGUCGUAUUUCGGUCUGCUGAUCCAAUUGGAUUUUCCCUAUUCAUCUUCUAUUAAUUAGGAUUAUCAAUUUUCAUCAAUCCGUCUUCCUCUCAUGCAGCAUUGUAGUCACUUCACUGUAUGCACCGUGGGACGUGGGAAAUGUCAAUCACAUGAACAACUACAGGUCUCAUUUCCGGUUUUCAGAGACGAGACGCCAGAGAAAAAGGGCAUCAUUUUUUGUACCUAACGCCUGACCCACGACACGCUGUAACAUAUCAUCACGACAAUGACAAGUUUCCUUACAGCGAACGGUAAGGCCUUGUCAGCCUCCACCAGGGGACUAGGUUCUAGCAUUCCCAGUCUCUCAAGCGGGGAUCGAGAGCGCCUUGCACGCAUAUUCGACGAUGACGAUGAUGAUGCUGCUCCUGGUGCCGUUAACACGAAUGCCAAGAAUGCGCUUGUUGCGUCACUGUCAGUCGCAGGUGGUCUUGUUACCGCUACCACAGGUAGUGGCGCUACUAGUGCAAUGCGAAGAAGUGAAACGCCUACUGCCACGACUGGUGCUCCGCAAGAAACGUCUGUGCUGGGGGGCAGCCUUCUUACUCAACAAAACAGUCUUCUCGGACCAGCAGGGGGACGCUUGCCAGCGGUUUCGUCCUUUUCGACUGCUGCUGGUGAUAAACAGAUCUUCUUCAAAAGGGGUGCAACAAUAAAAGAAAAUGCUAUCAGCCAGGGUGUUGUGUCUGAUGCAGCAGCCCAAGCGAGACUGGCACGCAUCUUUGCAGAUUCCUCAGAUGAGGAGGUUGAUAAUUCUGGAGAGGGAACGAAAAAGGCUAGUGCAACGAUGGCAGCAAGCUCUCUGAUGACAACACUGAAGCGACCGAGAACCAAGAAUGAACACGAGGAUGAUGAUGUUGGCACAGUUGUACCUCCAGGACAACAAGUGCACGUAGGCGGGAGCAAUACCAAGACCAAAACUAUAGGAGCUCAGCCAGCUCAUGCUCAGAAGGGCCAAGGCCCACCUGCAAGGAAGAAGGCGAAGCCUUUCGUACCACCAAGACGUCUAGAGGUAGUUCCAAAGAAAGUUGGGUCCUCAUCCUUGACGUCAUCAGCUUCGUCUUCUUCCGUGGUAAAGCAGGAGCCGAAGAAAAAAGUUGCUGCACUACAAGAAGACGACGCCAAGACGUUGCCUUUGGAGGUUCUUGUUCAACGUCAACGAGAAAAAUUCAUGGCGCUCUUUCUACAAUUGAGACGACGACCAAAAGAGUGGCUGCAAAAUGCCAAGAAGGGUCGCCGCGAAGCGCAAGCUUUUGACGCUUGGUGGAGCGAGCUACGCCUUUCACUGAUGUCGGAGAAGGGUGAACAAGCAUCAGCGGCACGAAGCAGCACGGCAGCACCUCAAGGGCCGUUUGGGUUUGGCACGACAAGCGCACUGAGAACGACCGCAAGUAGUGCUUUUAGUUCUUCUACGUUCCCCUUUCUAGCUCCGCCUGUUGACAGCCACAUCCACUCCGACAAAAAGAGCUCUUGCCACAGCUGGCUACUCUUCAAACGACUGUGCUUGCGUGUUGCGCGGGAAUUGGUGCUAAAAUCAGGAGUCGAAAACUCCUGGCCAUCGAAGAAGAGCAGCUACACGACGGACAUGACGAGCAGUCUUCUGAUUCUCCAUCCGUAUUUCGCGACUCUGUCGGACGGCCACUGGUUUCGUCUCCAGACGGAAUUUUUCAUGCCCCGUCUGGAGGACGUUGCUAGGCGUUGCUCGUCCCCAGGACAUACGCCAGUGGACUGGCUCUUCAAACGUUUCCGCGAUGAAAUGCAUGAAGAACGCCCGCGGCAGAUUUCAGCGCUGCGUCAACUGCUGGAAGAAGUGACACAGAGAAGCAUACUCGAUGAACAUCUUAGGCGAUGGAGCGUCCUUUGUGGCCGGUUUGCAGCCGACCAUGCCCCCACUGCUACGAGUAGGGACUGUGUUCUGGCUCCCAGUGGCAGUGACCCUAGUACCUCCCUAACCACGAAAGCAAAGCAUGGAGAUAAGAACAGCACGACAAACAUAGCGUCCACACCUGGGAAGGUCAUCAAACGACACUAUUUAGCUGAGGACGCCGAGCCGUUUCAUGUUAGACUAAAGGCGCACUACAUCGAGCGGCCCGAAGCGGAUCCAAUCGAAGAUGAGUCGUCUGAUGAUGAAGAUGAGCCUCCGCAUUCAUCUGCAGUGUUACUUGGGAAAGAUGGGCGCGCGAGUUCCUUCGGUGCAGCGAGUUGUAUUCUUGGAUUUGGACGAGGUCAAGGAGCAGCAGGACCCGGCUUCGGCUUUGGUCUUUCUGCGAGUUCAUGCUCAGCGUCUGACUCGAAUUGGUCGAAGAACUUCGUUUCCUGUGGGCCUCACGCGCGCUCACACAUCGUCGGAAAAGAUGUCGUGAUGAAGGAGCGAGAACAAAGGGAAAGGAAUGGAUCAGCAAGAGAAAACCAACAUCAACACCAAGAGCUGCAGUCAGGAACAUCAAACAAGUCCUUGCUUUUCUUAUCAGAUGGCUUUUACCUGAUCCGUGUUGAGGUCAUGAGCCCUGUGCUUCUAUCCCGGAUCGAAGAAGGUACCGCUUUGGACCUGCAGUGUGCACGUCUUACCGGGUCUGCCGAACGCGAGACCUGGUGGGAUAUCAUAGGGCUAGACGCUGUCACUGCAGAAGUAGAGAAUCCUCUUCGCUUUCAGCUAUUUUGGAACUCAACAGGCUUCACCGAUAUCGGCGUCGAGGGCUACAACAGGAUCAGCAGUGGCAGUUGUGCUCAAGUAGCUGGUCUUGGUUUCACGCCGACGCGUCCACAACGCAUGUCCGAAACCAAAUGCGACAAUCCUAAUGCGGGUGUGGUGCCGCUUCUUGACGUAGUUGUAGUCCGUGCGAUCAUGUCGACGUUUACGAGGAAUCAGAAAGGCAGUAAUGACGAGCAAACGAAGAGUACUAGAGGACAAGGAAAACGAGGUUCGGGAGGAAGUGCCGCAAUCGCCAAUGUUUCAUCUUCCGAUGCGCCGCUGCGGGCAUUUUUUGCGGGCGGAGAUCCCACAGCGAUUGGGCGACAAGGAACCAUGAAAGAACCAGGGACGUCAAGUGCCAUAGAAGACGAUGGCAAUGAAGAAGAUAAGCGGUUGAUUCUGGUAGUGACAGAUCAGCACCUGGCGCAUGAAGACGGUGGACAGAGUCGUGGUAUUAAGGCUACAAGAAAUCCAUCUUCGCAGGGAUCUUGGUCCCGUUUUUCAAGGGAAGAGGACGCCCAAGAUGCUUCUGAAGAUGGAUUUCUAUUAGUUCUAAUAAUAGUUGUAGGGAUUUUGAAGAAGACAACAGCACCGCCUUCCUUGGCAGAGUAAUACUUCGUGCAUCGUCACCAGAAGCGCUAGCAGAAGACGGAGAUGUAGUUGGUAUGCGGUUACGCGUUUCGCUUACUAAGCGUUACGGCGCAGAUGGCUUUCCGACAUUCUAUCCGACGAGACACAGCCGCAUUGUCGAGUAUAAUGAAGAACCAGGCCAACUACAACAGGGAUCUACCAUGAAAAACAUGGACACAAAGACAAGACAAAGUCUCGGCAACGUUCUUCCCAGCGAUGUUUCGGCAAGAGCGCGGAAACGAUUUUGGCGUAAUCUAGGAUUUUUGUCCGAUUGCGAAGAAAAGCAGCAAGAUAGCGAGCAACGUGCUUUACUUUUACAUGCUGGACAGCAAUUGCUCAAAGGCGUGUACUAUGACUUUUGUGGCAUCCUCAUGGGCUUGCAGCAGGAGGACAGCACGCUGUACGGUGGAGAGCCUUGCCUGAAGGUCCAUUGCUUUAUCCUGGUGACAGAGGAGAUUGAGCUUGAGGGUACCAAGGCGCCGCCUGUGUUGACCAGUUGCGCAACAUCUUCAGGCCAACUACGUCAAGAAAUAGUUCGACCUAUUCCAACGCCAACAUCCGCGAGCUGUACACCUGAUAAUCACGUGUCAGUUCCUGGUAUGGCAACAUCUUCCUCGACGUCCGUUGCAGCUGGAGCUGGAGGCGCCUUUGGCUUUGGUGGAUUUGGAGGCUUUGGACACUUUCAGCAUCAACAACUUCGAUUCUCAUCAGGAUUUGGAUCAACAUCAAACGGCUUCGGCUCAGUCGUAGCAACGUCAAAGACUCUAUCUUCCAUGAAUUUUGGAGGUUUCGGCCCUUGUAAUAUGGGCACGCCUUCGAGCCCCUGCUUUGGGUUUGCAGCUACAGCCGGGCUUGCUACAACAACACAAGGUGCUCCGAUAAGAACUUCGUCUGCACAUGCGAGAUUAGGAGCUGGGAUGGGUCAGCCUCACGCUCACACGAAUUACACGCCGGUUCCUCCUUUCGAACAGCAACAGCCGCUUCGAGCCAAUGCAGCCACAGCCAACCUAAAGUCCUCACAGCCUCCCAGCCACAAAAUUGCACGAUUAACAAUCAACGUCGGCGGCCCUUUGCAGGAGACAUCGACGGGGUGGAGACAUCUCCUUCACAAUUUGCGGAAGUUACGUACCACAGCCGAAGAUCUUGAACAAGAUGUUACCGGCAAAGGAAAGGACAUAAAAAAGCGUCUAGUGUGGUGGAAGAAUGCUGCCUUUGCUUGGCAAGACUCCUCUGCAAAAAUAUGGAAUUUUCAGGCCCACAUCAGCGAACUUCGAAUCGGAAGAGCUACGUUUCCGUGUCUUCCAACAGGCGCCGCUUUGGAUGAAGCAAUGACGGUUCUGGACAGGUUGAGGGUGGUGUUGGAGUGAUUUCUUCUUGUCCUCAAGGCGACCCAGUGGCCGAUCUCUGGAACGGAUAUCGGAAUUGGAACAAGAAAGAGUCGUAUACUUGCGCAGAGAACCGCUCGAUUAGUUUCGUCCACCAGUUUACACAGGAGAAGCUCAACGCAUGUUUAUGAAUCACAUGAAGAACAAAGUCAAAGGAAGCUGUGUCGAUGCAUGUUAGUUUCUUCCCGAAUUAUAUAGAAGCCAGAGUAUAUAGAAGCGACGCGAGAUAUAGGCCCAGCGACGCUCAAAGCACAUAAGUAAGACAGCCGGUUCGUUUUCCCUCUGAAUCUUAGGCUUCUCCCUUCAUGCAAUAUACAGAAGCCAGAGUAGAGAGGCAGAGCAAUACUUUUCACCAUCAAGUACUAGUAGUAUGUGGUCUACUUGUAUCUACUAGAUUUGCCAAAGGUAAUUUAGAUGGAUGGUAGGAGCAACGUGCUUCUGUUUUUGGGUACUUAAGGCACCUAAACAAAGGUGGAAGAUCGACCUCACUUCAUAACUCUGCAAGGCUGAAACUGGAGUAGAAUCCGAAUCUGAGUGAAAUCCGAAUUUUGCAAAGAAAAUUGCUCAUCCAGUAGAUACUACACUGGAGUGCUGCACGAAGUCAGAAGCGUGUCGUUGGCUUAAGCAAACAGGAGAGGUCAAGAAGGGAUGCGAUGCAGGGCACGGGCAGGCGCACUCUGACCACAUCCAAAUGGGCGAUUUGGACGCAUGUUUAUGAAUUAGUUGGAGAAAGUGAAAAAGUGUGCCCCUUCAAACGUUAUAAUGGCAGAGUAGAGUUAUAGCUAGCGCAAGAACACCUUAUUUCACGACUACCUAUGUGGCUUUGCGGCGUGGGCAGUUUCUGAUCGAAAAAGAAACGCCAGUUACUAGAACCGAUAAUACUAGAUGUGUGACGAAAAUCGUAAGUGGAUACUUACUAAGGAGAUACUUACUAAGGAGAUAGAUGAAGCUGUCAUCACGCCCGAUUAUCAUUGAAAGUGUGCCAUUGAUUAGUAUCCAGCAUGCAAAGACGAAUAUAUAGUCUCAUCACUAGGGAAGUGCAACAAUUAAGUCCUGCGAACGACCUCUUGCUAGGUAAGUGAAUGAAUGAAUGAAUGACUAGAAAUGGAAAUGAACCUAAAUGGUACUCGUGUACAGCGAACGUAUCUAGCAAAUGGUAGAAAGAAUUGACAAUUUACAAAGACAACAAGAAUUUGCAAAGAAACGAAUUUCAAACACAGCAUCAAUCUCAAUCAAACAAGCAAACAAACAAGAAGUCGUACCCGAAUGAAUUCAAAAUGCUGUUUCAGAUUGCUUACAAACUCCACAACAUCUCAAGAACUCAUACUUGAAUCAAUCGCAAAUGCUGUUUCGAAUGUACUUGUUGUUAAACGCCGAUCAAUCUUCGUUAAGUGGAAAGAACAUCUGACAUAGCUGGCGCGUUGGGCCUUUGGGAGAAGACAUCUCUGGACCUGUGCAUGAGUAUGAAGCACUUCACGCUGAACCUGGAGAGCUUUCCUCAUUUAAUGUUGUGCAUGAGCAGUGUGAAUAUGCAUGAAGGGGA